AUGACAGCAGUUGCAGGACAACCCGCUGGAGCCUCUACUAUGACAGCUCUCCAAGGACAACCUGCAGGAGCUUCAACGAUGACUGCGCUACAAGGACAGCCUGCAGGAGCUUCCACGAUGACAGCGCUACAGGGGCAACCAGCUGGAGCCUCAACGAUGACUGCGGUUGCUGGACAGCCUGCUGCAGCUUCAACGAUGACAGCACUCCAAGGACAACCUGCUGGAGCCUCAACGAUGACAGCGCUCCAAGGGCAACCUGCUGGAGGUGAGGACAUUGAGCUCUACGUCCCUGAAGGCUACGCCUACUACUGCGAAAUUCAAAGCUGUAUCUAA